CCCAAAGGGGAUACAUGUCGGGUAUAAAUUAUCACAGUAUAUCGAAUCUAAUCGUCAGUUGCCUUAGAGACUUCAGCGGUCUAUCAGUCUCCUAAGGAUUGUUGCUUUGCACUUUUAUACUGCACCUACCUACCUGUCUUCGAAAUGUGUAUCAAACUGUCUAUCAUGGUGCUCCUGCUGAGUAUCGCUUACAGUGUUAUGGGUGCAAGCGUCGCCGUUAACGUUACCGACGCCGAGAUGUCUGAUAAUAACAGUACUCUCUUGAAUUCAACGAUGACAGCAAAUGCAAGUGAUAACAUUCUCAAGGCCCGUCAGAUCGACUUGUUGCAGUUGAAUGUCUCCGAUUCUUCUCUGAAUUCCACUGGUAAUUCGACACACUUGAAUGCAUCAUCGUUGAUGGACGAACGCGAAUCUGGGGAUGAGGGAAUAGUUCUUGAUUCAAACACUUCUUCCGAAACCAGCAAUUCAUCGGAUGUGGAGUUGUCCCCAGAACUCAACUCCCCAGUUGCCCAUACUUUGAAGGUAGAUAACAUUACCACCCGGGACGUUGCAGCUGAUGGGACACACAGCGACUCUAACUCUACUAACAAUGGAACCGCCAAUCCUUGGUCCGCUCUACCAUUGUUCCGCAACUUGAACUCGACUUUGCAUAACUCUUCCCUCCGCAACUCUUCCGAUUCAUCAAAUUCGUCUCAGACUACCCGUGACAUUGAGUCUCCUGAAAACUUAGUCGAAUCUAGAGCUGACGAGGAUUUGUUUGAUGACGGGAAUUCCAGCAAUGGUACCGAGAAAGCUGACCACCCUUUGGAUGACUCCAGUGACGAUGUUUUGGAAGAUGAGGGUGAAGACGAUGAAACAGGGUCGACCAAGAAGCCUUGCACAACCGUUUCAUGCUUUAUUAGCCGUGGUUGUAGCGAUACAUCUUGUUCUCAGGAAGACAACUGAUCUGUCGGUGGAAACAUAAUGGGAUUCAAAGUGUUCUAUUCUAUGUCUAGAUAUAUGUAAAAAAAAAACAAAAAAACAAGCAGUAUUUUAUCUAAAAUACAAUACACAAUCAUUUUAAAGAGCCA